GCAAAGUCAGUACUUCCUGUUCUCCUGUUCCUGCUGUGGGCUUUGUGUUUUUAACAUCGUAACUAACGUUAGCCUUCUCUGCGACCUUGUCUUCUGAGGAACUCCCAGUUUGCAUUAAAAUAUCUCAGCGUACAAAUGGAUAACAUGGAGGUUCAGGCUUCAGCCACCCAGCCGCCACCUAAAAACGGGCCGCAGUCGAACCAAAAGAGAAACGCCAGGAGAAAGCAGCCGCAGCAUUCUGCUGAAAUAGUAUUCACCAAAGGGACAUCUAUACAGACCCUGCCCUCUCUCAGCAAACAGCUGAAGGUUGUCACAGAGUGUGUCAUUGGUCUUCAGUAUGUGUGGGAGUACCGCAGCCCCAGUAAAUCUGUCCCACCACACUACCAGUGCAAGCUCUGCACCGUCUCCCGCUUGCAGCAUGAUAUGCUCGCCCAUGUGAAAGGCUGGAAGCACAGCUUCAGAUACCUGAAAAAGAUCCACCCUGACAAGGUUACCCAUGAAGAGGAGGAGGCCGUCAAAGACCCUGCUGUAAGGAAGGCAAUUAAAGAAAUUGCAGCGGAGGUGGAGAAGACAGAGGGGAGGGGACAACUCAAGGUGAUUCUUAAGGAACCCUUUGAAGUACCUGCUUUUAAAGGGCUCCGUACCGCUGCUCCUAAAUUUAUACCUCCACCAGCACCAGUGAUGGGACCAAAGGGACCACCCUUUGGUCUUUCAGGUCCCAGGUUCUCUGACUCGAGGUAUCCAGGUGAGUUUCCUCCUCCAGUUGGUCCUCUCUCUGACUAUCCAGUGGAAGACUAUCCAGGCGGAGACUAUCCAGGCGGAGACUAUCCAGGUGGAGACUAUCCAGGUGGAGACUAUCCAGGCGGAGACUAUCCUGUAGGAGACUAUCCUGCGGGAGACUCCCAGUGGGAGUCCAGCUUGGGAGGCUACUCAACCAGGCGAGAUUCCCUGGACUCCGGUAUGAGUCGAGGACCUUUCCCAGACAGUAUGGGUCCUCCUCGCCCAGCUGGGAUUGGAGAUAGUUAUGGAUCGGGUGGUGGAAGGAGUGGACUACUGGACGACCGCCCAGGCAGAAGGUAUCCUGAUGAGUACCGGGGCAGCCAAAUGGGGAGUAGCUUAAUGAACAAGCCACUCGAGAGGCCAGGCUUAAUGGGAGCAAGUCCAGAAAGUGGCAACCUUCCUAAUACUCUACUCACUUACCUGGAUACAUUCCGGAUAGAGAACGAGAAUGACGCACAGCUGGUGCUGAAGGUGACACAGAAACUAACAGAUGUGCUGAUGGAGUACAGACUGAGGAGCGUGUCGUCCGGUUCUAGUCUGAACAGCUUCUCAUUGAGCUCCACAGGUCUCUCCUCUACAACCCCCAGCCUGCCACGCAGUAGCGACCGAUUCUCAAGUAGUCUCUCAGGUCCAUCCAGAUACUCAAGUGGUCCACCGAGGUAUUACAAGUAACAAUCCCAAGAAGCAACGCCUCGAUCUUCUCAUCUCUCUUGUUCUGUGUGCAUUAGUCGUGACGGUCCAGGAGUUGAAAACUUUGAUUUUGUGUAAAUGUUUAUGCUUUUAGGCAUGUUGCUACAAAGUAGUCUGAUUUUUUUUUUUUUUUUUUUUU